UCCGCUCUCCAUCCAUUUCCCACUACAGCACAGACCCCCAGGAAGAGGAACCCUAAACCCCAGGAAUGGCGGAUUCCCCCUCGUUCCGCCGCCACCCGCUCGCCUCCUCGGUCGACCUCGUCCGUUGGCUCCCCUCCUCCGCCGCCUCCCCAUUCGAACGCCUCCUCGCCGCCGCCAUCUACGACCCCUCCUCGGGCCCGGCCGCCUCCAGCAUCCGCCUCCUCCCGCUCUCCGACCCCACCUCCCCGCUCGCCUCCCUCCCCCUCCCGUCCCGCGCCACCGCGCUCCGCUGCUCCCCCUCCACGCUCGCCGCCGCCACCUCCUCGGGCUCGCUCCACCUCCUCCCGUCCUCGUUCAACUCCGACGCGGCGGCGGCCGUCCCCGGCGGCGCGGCGUUCCACGUGGGCCCGGUCCGGGGCCUCGACUUCGGAGGCGAGGAGUGGGUCACGGCGGGGGAGGACGGAAGAGUGCAUGUUGUCGGUGGGGGAGGGGAUGGGAGGUUGGUGGCGAGGAGGGUGUGGGACGGGAAGGGGAUGUCAGGGUACGAGGCCGCCAGGUGGGCGUCGCCGGCGGAGUUCGCCACGGGCGGUGCCGGGUGCGGCGUGCAGUGGUGGGAUCGGAGGAAGGGGGAUGGCGUGGCGGUGCAGUGCAAUGGCAUCUGGGGUCGUGGUAUUGUUACUGGCAUGGUGCAUUCCAUUGACAUUCAUUCAUCAAGAAAGCAUAUCUGUGUGGUUGGAGGCUCCUCUGGGACAAUAUUUGCCUGGGAUCUGCGGUGGCCACAGCAGCCUAUACCACUCUCUGGCGUAGGCCUUAAUGGAACAGCCGAGCCAGUGUGUGAAAGUGAGGUUUGGGAGGUUCAUUUUGACACCUACACCCAGUCUUCCGAUAUCAUCUCAUCUGCAUCCUCAAAAAUAUUGCCAGUGAUGAUGUGCUCAGAGGAUGGGAUCCUUGCAGUUGUCAAACAAGAUGAAAGACCUCUUGAACUGCUUGCUGAAGCCUGUGCUAUCAACUCCUUUGACAUAGAUCCUCAGAACCCUUCUGAUGUGGUUUGCGCACUGGAAUGGGAAUCGAUUGGUGUCCUAACACGCGACAGAGAUACAUUGGUGGAAGAAUGAAAAUUUUCUCCAUUCAAGGGUCUCCUGUGAGGUGUCCAGCCCUCUGGUUGCAGGAACUUCUAUGUCAGAAUAAGAAUCUUCUGACUUAUGGGGGCUCCCCUAUUCAGAGAGAGAGUUCUACUUGUGAUCCUGGGCCAACCAUUGGAGGAAAAAAGCGUGCUUGGCGCACACUGACUCUGCAUACUUGACAAUGUGUUGUGCCGUUGGAAGCCUUAGGAGCUUCUGUUGUCAUGGGUACCUGCUGAUUGUGAGGAUAUUUUUUGGUCUAGCUCCUAGCUGUGUAAUUUGGCAAUGUUGUAUGCUCACUGCUAACAGUUUGAUGGAGCAGCAACGCAAUUUGGUUGCUUUUCGUUCGGUGUUGGUGGAUGUGAGCUGUAACUAUUUCGUAUGGUCUGCAUUGACCCUUGCAUUUUAAUCGGCCGAUGAACAUUUUUGCCGCA